GUGUUGACACGACUUCCCUAUUUGGAUGCCGUCCUAUCCGAGACACUUAGGCUUCACACGCCGGCCCCCAAACUGACCCGAAUAGCCGCUCGAGAAUACAAAUUAGGCGACACCGGGAUUACGAUACCAAAGGGCAUGACAGUGGAAGUGCCCGUAUAUGCCAUACACCGGUCGCCUAAGUACUACCACAAUCCCGAUCAAUUUGAGCCGGAUAGAUUUUUUCAAGAACACAAGCACAACUUAAUUCCCUAUACAUACCUACCUUUUGGCGGAGGCCCACGAUUUUGCGUCGGAAAGCGCUUUGUAUUAUUAGCG